ACAAUUAAUCAAUUAUGAAAUCUCAUCCGUAUCCCCUCCCUUCACUGUAGUCCGGAACACUUCCCUCCCUUUCCCUUGACUCGCUUCGCCGGCCUUUCUUUCUUCCACCGCCUCCACCGUCGCCGCCGCGACUUCUCCGUUUCAUUCCUCCGCCUAUUUCUGAAGUUUUCUCAAACUUGCAGAGCAUUGCUGUAAUAUUCCGUUUCCAGAUUCUUUUGAUUCGUGCGUGUUCCUGGCCGAAAUGAGCACUUUCUCCAAAGACCUCUCACUUGCACGGAAUCAAACAAGCUUAGUCAUUACAAUUUUUCAAAAAUUGUUUUGACACUUAAAUAGCACUCAGUUUUCUCAUUAGCGUUAGCUGGUGUCACAGUGUCUUCCAUAUCCUUUGCAAUUCAAGAUAUUUAGAAUGGAAACAAUCACGUUGCAGACUUUUUCAGUAGCAGAGAAUGAAUUCUUUGUACAGUCGCGUCUAUUCGCAAAAGGUUCUCUUCCCAUCCUGAAAUGGACUACAAGACAUCACCCAACUGGACGAUCUUCAAAACUUGUAGAAAGAUUGUUGCCUUCUCUAAAAGCCAGUGUUUUAAACAGUUCUUGGACCAGAAGACGUGAUUCGAGUAUAGUAUUUGCUCUGGACACAGGUGCAGUGCCUAGUAAUGGUGACCAAGAUAGCUCCAAUGAUGACAAUCGUGGUCUAGGAGGGACUCGUCUGGGCAGGAUAGUCAGUGCAGGAGGUCGACAGCUUUUGGAGAAACUUAAUUCUGCUAGGAAAAAUUUUCCCACGAAGGUAUUCCUGCUCCUCCUAGGUUUCUACACCGCAAAUGCAUUGGCUACAAUCCUAGGACAAACAGGAGAUUGGGAUGUAUUAGUAGCAGGGGUAGUGGUUGCUGCAAUUGAGGGAAUUGGUAUGCUAAUGUACAGAAAACCGCCUUCUCUUCCUACUGCGAGGCUGCAAUCUCUGGUAGGGAUGGUGAACUAUUGGAAAGCCGGUGUUUGCUUGGGCCUUUUUGUAGAUGCUUUCAAACUAGGCAGUUAAGUUCAAUUUCUGGCACAUUUUAAUAGACUCCUUUGAUCAUUGCUUGUAACACUACUGUCUCAAUUUUUACCUUUCACUACCCCCAGCUUGUAUAGACAAAACCUUCUGCCUCUCUUCCCUGUAAAAACAUUAUUUUAAAUUAAAUUUAAUAAUAGUAUUUGCAGGAAAGUUAAGGGAUUA